UUGUUCUUGUUCUGAGCAUUUUCAUCUAAGCAUUUUCAUGCGAGCAUUGAUGCCAUGUGGGCUGCCAGGUGUCAGGAAUGUCAUGUAUGACAUUGACAUUUGUCCUUUUGAAGCAAAGUGGAGUGUUGUGAAUUUUUUUAGAAGAUUUGAAUUUAUUAAUGCAGUUAUCAUUCUUAUAAUACCGAUGACGAAAAACUAAACGAAAUAAGUGCCAGUGAUAAAAAAAUAAAACAAAUAUAAGAAUGUCAUAAAGAAUGUACAAGUUCCUGCAAUAGUCUAUACAGUAGCCGCACAAAUGCCUAAAUGGGCCAUAAAAACCAGGUUGUUACAACUGCGUCUAAGCACAUUGAUAUUUGUAGUACUAUGCUUGAUAGCAAUAAUACAGCUCUUCUCAGUAUAUGGUACAUACAACUACGCUCACAUACCAGAAGACACCAUACAAGUGGAAUUAUACAAAGAGAUCUCACCAGAUUUGACACUGAAAAAGGCUAAACAUGAUUGUAAAUAUGAAGAUAUAUUAACAAGCAAGAAGAGUACUCACACAUGGGACUUGUCCAAGAAAUACAAUGUGUUUUCAGCUCAAGGCAUUGAGAAUGGUAGCUAUGUGCCUGGUGACUGCAAUCCGUUGUUCAGUGUAGCAAUCAUAGUGACGUACAGAAAUAGACAGAAACAGUUGGAUAUAUUUUUACCAUACAUGCAUAAUUUCUUAAGGAGACAAAGGAUACAUUAUAAAAUCUAUGUAGUUGAGCAACAAGACGAAAAGCCUUGGAACAAAGGCAUGCUGUACAACAUAGGUGCAAAGAGAGCUAUAUCAGACAAGUUCCCCUGCCUCAUAUUGCAUGACGUAGACCUGUUACCUCUAGACGAGAGUAAUCUAUACGUGUGCACGCAACGACCACGACAUAUGAGCGCCAGUAUCGACAAGUUUCGAUACGUGCUCACAUAUAGUUUUUUGGUAGGGGGUGUGCUGGCUAUCCGCUCGGAUCAGUACAUUGCCGUGAAUGGAUUCUCGAAUAAGUUUACUAGUUGGGGCGGCGAGGAUGACGAUUUUGCUGCCAGGUUGGAGGCGUACCAUUUGGAGGUAGUCAGGUUUCCCCGUGACAUGUCCCGAUACACUAUGCUGGUGCAUCAUCAAGAGAAAAAGAAUGCAGAGCGGCUGCGCAUCAUGGCAGAGAACAAACUAAACAGGGAACACGACGGGAUGGACUCCUUGUACUACACCAGCAUCGAGGUGAAGCCGCAAAGGCUAUUCACGCUCAUAGGAGUUAAGUUAUGAUACCCAAGUAGGUGAUAUGACUGAUCCUGAAUGUACUUAACCUAACUACAUAAAACAAUUUAAGGUAAUUGAAAAAAAAACUCGAAAUAUUCGUUUUAAGACACCAUGUCAUAAACAAAAAAAAAACCAUGUAAUGUCUAUUUUGCAUACAGGGUUAAAAAUAAUUGAAAAUAUACUAUAUGUAGAUAAUUUAAAAUUGACUGAAAUAAUAUAACAUCUUGAUAUUCCUGAGUAAUGAAUCUAUGUUUGCCUUAUCGAUAUUAUUUAUCCUUAUAGAUAAAUGCUCUCCAUAUUUAUGGCUUGAAAGUUAAUUCUCGCUUUAUCUACGCCUCUAAUAAUAUUUAGUUGCCGAAAGAUAGCUGUCGUGGCGCUAGUGAUUGAUUUAAGGAAUGCCAAAAAGAUUAGAUCAGACUAUACUAACUCAUUAUUGUGUAGUUAUAUAGAUUAUUUUACCAAUUUGUCUUUCCUUAUUCUUAUAAGACAAAAACAUCUUUAUUAUUCUAUUAACUAAAUUUAAAUUGUAAGGAAAGAAACUACUCAUGAAUAUAAUUGUCUUUUACUAAUAUUAUUUUUAUAUGUGUAUUUUUGUUUAAAGGUUAAACAUUGAGAUUUUAUUCAUUAUAUUUAUUUCGAAUCGUUUGCAAAAUAUUUUAUACUUACACCUUUAAGUAAUCAUAUUGGAAAUAUUCCAUUGAUAUAAAUUGUCUUUGUUUCACAUUUUAUGAAGUAUUUAAUUAAAUAAAAAAAUCAUGAUAAUUUAUCUCUUUUUUAAUUUAGCUUGUAAAUACAUAAAUAAAAUUUAUUUGAAUGAGAUUAUAGUGUAAAAGAUGUAUAAUGAUAUUAUCCUACAAUGUAUUAUAUAAUUAUAUUAUUCUUAUAUGAAAUAUAAUUGUAAUAUGUGGUGUAGGUAUAUACAUACUUCACAUAUAUACUAAAACUGGAUAAUUAGAUGAGAAAAAAUUAUUCAUAGAUUCAAAAUUGCACUAAGGAGUGAGAAGGGCGUGAGUUCUCUUUCGUUAAGUUAUGGGGGCAGAGGGAGCCAUAAGAUAAUAAGGCAGAAAUGAUCCAGCUUUAUUUGAUCGCGUACACAGUAGGUAAUUUUACAGGUCACAAUAUUUUAUUAAUAUUAUAACGCCUUAGAAAUAUUCAUUAAUGCUGUGAAUAAGUGUAAAUAUUUAUUUAUUAUAAAUAAUUAUGGGAAUGUAAAAUAAAAUGGCGAUAAGUAUAAUGUAUAAGGUAAAUGCUAAAAUAAUAGCAAGAUAUUAUUUGCAACUCCGUGUGUUGCGUCACACGUUUAUAGUAUGCAUGAUAAAAGCAAGUAUUUAUGUUUAAAAUAAUAUACUUAGGUAUGCGGACUGAAGUUGAAUUUUCCUCUUGAAAACAAACAGUAACGAAUACAAACACUUGAAUGGUACUUCAAUUCACCUACUUUAAAGAUACCAUUAACCAGAAUAGCACAAAAUAAACACCUUUAAAUAGCCCCUAAGUAGCCUAUUUUUUUUAUUCCAAUAAUUUUACGUAGGUUGUCAUAUAAUUUAUGAAAAACUUGUAUAGUGGUUGCAACCAGAGAAGAGAGCGGGACGAGGUUCCAUUAUUUUAUACUUAGCUCGUACCCAGGUGAGCCUAUUACAAUGAUAUGUUUUUAAAAAUCUCAGCAAUUAAAGCUUUAUUAAUGUGAUAAGGAACCUUUGUCCUUUGCGCUUGGAAAUAAGAUUUAUUUACAUAAUGUGACAUUGAAGUGUAACGUCGUUAGUUAGUAUGUUGUCUCUGUCUGUAGUUAUUUAACUAUUUUUCCUUUCUGCAUUAUUUAUAUUCAUUUUAGUUUAUAAAAAUCGUAAAAACAUUGUCAACAUUCCGAUGUCGAAUAUUUUUGGGUAUGAAUGAAGCUCAAUUUUUUAUGUAUUACACUUUUACCUCUGAAUGCACAAAACAGAUUUAAAAUACAUUAUGUUUACAUAUUUGUGUCCGUAUUUUAUUGCAAAUAAAAGACAUGUACUUAAAA